AUGCUGCUGCUCGCCGUCUCCCUGGCCAUGGCUCUCUCUGCUGCUGGAGUGUCCUGCAUGCCCCUGUCGGACCAGGGGCCCCACCUGGCCCACGGCUGGGGCCAGGUGGUGCGGCUGCGACACCUGUACGCCGCCCGGCCCGGGCUGCACCUGCACAUCUCCGAGCAGGGCCACGUCCACGGCUCUGCAGACCAGAGCCUCUACAGCCUGCUGGAGAUCAGUCCGGUGGGUCCGGGCCGGGUCGUCAUCAAGGGAGUGAAAACCUCACGCUUCCUCUGCAUAGAGAGAGAUGGCACACUCUACUCAACGCACGCGUACAGCAGAGACGACUGCACCUUCAGGGAGCAGAUCCUGGCGGACGGAUACAACAUCUACGUGUCCGACAGCUACGGCUCCCUGCUCAGCCUGGGGAACCAGCAGCAGAGGCUGCAGGGCCUGGACCGCAGCGUUCCGGCUCUGGCCCGGUUCCUCCCCAGAGCCAGCGGCCCUGGGCAGCUCAGCUUUCCCCCGGGACUCGCUGAGCCCGAGCAGCCGAGUGCGGCGCAGGCCCAGGACACCGUGGAUGUGAUGGAUUCCUUCGGAAAGCUCUCUCAGAUCAUGCACAGUCCCAGCUUCCACAAGCGAUGAGGCGGCCGCCCUGAGGCAGCUGUUGCAGCUGUUGCAGGUUGGAGUGUCCUGGAGUGUUUGUUCACUCCUCCCCUCAGGUACAGAACCAGGGAGUGACUGGAGGCCGUUGACUCGCCGGGAAAAGGUCGUCACCGGGACGGUCCACUCAGGCCUGGCUGGACAGGAAGCAAGUGAAGCCUGGAGCAGAGAGGAGAUUGAAAUGCUCCAUCUUGCCUUUCUUGUGGCACGUUUCCACUAGUACCUACUCAGCCCGACUCCACUCGCCUUGCCCUCGAAUACCCAGAUCAGAAGUAGGAGGUUGGAGUGAAGCUGCUGUGACGUAUUUGAUUGUGUAUCUAAACGAAGAAGACAACAACACUAAAGAUGUAGAACCUGGAGGAGAUGAUAGAUGUGCUGCUGGGUCUGUGACUUGUGUUCAAUAUCAAGUUAAAAAAUGAGAGUAAGAGAAGCUUCAAGUGGCGACGCUUUUUUUUGUUGUUAGUUUGUCUUGGCGCUGCUGAAAAGUCUACAGCCUCCAAUCAUCCCUGCAGAGUUUCUUCAGCUUCUUCUGGUCCCAGGUUGUCUCUGGAUGGUGGAUUUGUAGGUGGAGGAGAGAGACUAGAGCAGGUAAAACUAAUCCAACGUUUAGUUUUCUCUGGUGGAAGUCAUGACAAACUGUUGAAAAUAUGGAAAUGUGUCAGAGAGACGUGGUUAAACCACCAACGGCGGUUAGAAACACGCUGGUUGUUGUGCAGUUGUUGGUUGUUUCUUGAUAGAUCAAUUGUUCACUGGUAGAGCGUUUAGUACCUGGACACUUUAGUGCAGGAGUUCGUUGAGCCAAAUACUUCUUCACAUUUCUGAACUUUUUCCCCUGCGUUUGUUUGAUGAUUGUUAAAUUUCUUACUUCAUGAAGUGUGGUAAAGCGGCAACGCUUUUUAAUUUUAGUUUGUCUUGUCCCUGCUGAAAAGUCAGCUGGAGCCGUGAGCAGCUAUGAAGAGACAGAGCUCCUGGUAGAUCUGGUCGUUCCUUAUCGCCGUCUAGAUCCCUUUUUAAUUCUCUCCUCAGCACCAGGUUUAUGAACAUCUGCACCUCAGAGUUGGAUCAUGAAACAGACUUUUGCUGAAAAUGAACAAGAAUCCGUCAGAGUCUCUUUCUCUGAUUUCCUCCUCCUGACUCAGACGUCUGACUCCAACCCCCCGACCAAUCAGUGGCCUGUAGUGUGAUGAUGUCAGAUACAGCCGACUCAGCCGCUUAGAACCUCGGUAGAAUAGAUACAGAAAAGUAUCUACUCGGCACGUUUAGACCCCUAGUGGAAAAGAACCAAACCGAGUGGAGUCGGGCUGAGUAGGUUCUAGUGGAAAAGCGCCAUUAGUGAAAAUGUUCAUGUUUGUUGAGGCGGAACAGACGUGGGGUGUCCGUCCAGCCUUCACCCGUACUGGCAGGAGCGUUUACUUCAAGCCAAGAGAAGGCCAGUGUGCAGGGACGCUGAGCAGCGUGGACAGAGGCAAGGACGAGGAAAGAGACGGCACCAAAUUCAUCUGACUCUCGGAGAUGAGUUGCAACAUGAUUGAGAACAAAAAUGCUAGGACAUUAAAGAAACAGUGAAAUGUUCGAUGGGUCUCACAACAUGCUGCUUUUUUCUGAACAGAAGAGGAAGAAGACCAUUCAUCAGGAAACCUUCACAAUAAAAACAGAAGGAUGUAAUAUAAGUCUGGUAGAUAUUAUAAAAGCCUAGCUGUACUUUCUGUAUUUAUUUGUUUAUUUAAAUGUUUUUACCUGU